GGUGAGUACUGUACAGGUGUGUUCAGUACCGGUGUGUACUGUACAGGUGAGUAUAGUACAGGUGUGUACAGUACCGGUGAGUACAGUACAGGUGUGUUCAGUACCGGUGUGUACUGUACAGGUGUGUUCAGUACCGGUGUGUACUGUACAGGUGUGUAUAGUACAGGUGUGUACAGUACUGCAGAUGAUGCACCAUGUCUGGUCCAAAGCGAGCACACACAUGGGAGAUCUCAGACUCGGACACCGAGGAUGGAGGGACAGUCGGGGGAACAGAAGGAGGAGCAGAUCAGGACGGAGGUGCAGUCGGGGAGCGCACCUGUGAUCCGAUCAUUACAGAUCAAUCAUCAGAACCAGGGAGCGGGUCACAGCCUCCACCUGAACCCACCACCCGGAGCCCGACACCCGGGGAGAGGAGGAGAGAGAAGCGCAGGGGGAAGCAGGAGAAGAGAGGAGUGAAGGAGGAGAGAGAGAAGCAGAAGGAGGAGAGAGAGAAGCAGAAGGAGGAGAGAGAGAAGCAGAAGGAGGUGAAGAGACAGGAGCAGAUGAGGAGGAAGGAGGUGAUGGAGGAGGUGCGGAGACUCAGACCAGAGGAGUACCUUAAAUCCGUCACACUCCACAUCCACCCAGUGUUGUUGCAGGAAUCGGGGUGUGACGUGUUGCUGAAUGUCCUGGCUGGACUCGGGUGGAGGAACCGGAUAGACGAGCACGACCUCACACACUCCAUCAGCUGGACUCGACAACUACCUCAUACUGAUGGUGAGGGUGAUGAGGGUGAGGUGGAGGAGGAUCAGGUGUUGAUGGUGAUCAAUCAGACCGAGUUUAUCGACAUGAUGACGUCAAUCAAACAGGCUCUGAUUGGUGAGUGUGAGGGGGCGGAGACUCUGUUUCAGCCGUUGUCCGAGUACUUGAACAGGAACGCGGCGACGGUCGUCUCACUGCUGGUGACGGGCGGACAGCGUCUUCAUACACAGUCUCAUGCACACAGAGGAGCCUCAUAUGAUGAUGAUGAUGAUGAUGAUGAUGAUGACCUGUGCCCACGCUCUCAACUUGGUCUCCAGAGCAUCGACAUCGAAGAGGUGUUGGUGUACCUGCAGCUGUACAAGAACGUGUCGGUCCAGUUCAUGUUCGGGUGGCAGGAGGUCACUGACCACGUGUGUGCUGUUACAAAGGCCCUGUCCAAACGGCCCUUCAAGAGGCAGUAUGAUGUCCCUGAUCUGGGUUUCUGUGUGGACGGCUCCUGGGCAGGGGGCGUGCGUGUUGACAAAAGUGGGCGUGGUCUCGCUCAGGUGUGGACACGGCAGUUGCAGCAGCUCAAUCGUGUCAGUGUUGCCAUGGCUACAGCAGUAACAACCGCCUACCCGUCCCCACGACUCCUACUACAGGCCUUCGAGCAUCAGGAGUCACCAGAGGAGCAGCGCAGGUUACUGGCUGAUCUUACAGUGACGGGCGCGGCCACAGGGAGGCGAAUCGGACCGGAACUGUCGAGCCGCGUGCACCGGCUGAUGACUUCCCAGAAUCCUGAGCUGGUGCUGGACUAGAGGAUUGUGGGAAUGAUAGAAGAUGUUAUGCAGAAUGUUGAACCUGUAGAGAUGAAAUCAAAUCAUGGUGCUGAUCGUAUCUAUUUAUUUCACUUUAAAUAUGAAAUCCUGGUGCUUGGGUGACACAGCGGUCUAAUAACCCACCACCAGGUGGGGCGGUCCGGCUCCUUUCUGUGUGGAGUUUGCAUGUUCUCCCCGUGUCUGUGUGGGUUUCCUCCGGGUGUUCCGGUUUCCUCCCACAGUCCAAAGACGUGCAAGUGAGGUGAACUGGAGACACUAAAUUGUCCACGACUGUGUUUGGCGUUACUUGUGUAAUGAGUAACGACCGAUUCUGUCAUGAAUGGAACCAAAGUGUAAAACAUGACGUUAAAAUCCUAAUAAAUUAAUAACUUUAUUCA